AUGAGUGACCACUACCUUCUUCAAAGAUGGACACCUUCUAGGACACCUUCUAGGACACCUUCUACUGGUAGAACAGGAGCCCCUGGUAUCAACAUCACAAAGGAGACAAAGCAUGGCAGAUGUAGGAAUCUCCAUCAUGACCUCAGAAGAUGCAACUAUACCAGAUUUCACUACUUGUCAAACACCAGCACUGUGAAUUGCCGAAACCUGUUUGACACACUAAGUGUCCCUUCUUGUUCUCUGACUGGGCCAAAGUCUCCGUUUUUGCUUGAGUCUGGAGGUUCACAUUCAGUAGUUGUAGAGCAGUUUGAACAUCCACACCAGAAACAACAGUCCUAUAUUCUUGAUUAUCCAAGUGUUGUCAGCUCUUUUGACUUAAUAAGCUCUUGUGGAUCGCCAACUUCCAUCGGAUAUAUAGCCCUCCGCUGCUUCGUUUUUGUCUUAUGCACAUUUCAGAUUAGCGUUUAUUUGUUGACAACUUAUCUCUUUAGUAUUUUAAAAAUGGGCAACGAAGGCAGUGUACCUUCGUCACAGGAGAGCACUCCGAUAUCGGAGUACCCGUCAAUGUACUCGAUCCACUCUCGGGUGAGAUCUUCGGUAGAGAGCACUAGAGCACCAUCGCCAAUGGAAGCACCCGAGCCAGAUCUCAGCCACCUGACGGCUGAGGAGGUGGCCCAGAUCAGGAGCGUCAUGGAGAGGGCCAAGCACAUGCAGCAUGAGGAGUCUACCAGAGCCAG